GUCAAGCUUCAGUUUUCUCGCUCAUUCUGUGUGGGAGGCACCCUUUCUCCUUCAGGGGAGUUCUGGGUUUCAUUCUGAUUACAAAAUUGGGAAAUGGGUCCUGCUUUCUUCUGCAAAUCAAUCAAUUUUGUUUCGUGCUUUUUUCCUUGAUUGCAUUUGGGACUUUCCCUUUUUUCUGGUCCAACGUUUGACUUGCUUCCUUCGUUGAUUCGUCUUCAAUUUUAGGGUUUAAAGUCGUUUCCUUUGCGAGGGAUUCUCAAUUGCAAUUUCUAAUUCAGUUGAAUUUCGAAUUGGGUUUUUAUGGUAAUGAUGACUUUUUCAGGAAUUCAGAAGGUUCUCUCAUGUGCUUGGGAAAACAAGCAUCUUUCAUUUUAAGGAUAUCUAUUGGGAUUUCUUGCAAUAGAUUUUGCUUUAAACAACAUGUUGAUAUAUCCCUGCUCACGCUUUCCUAACUGCUAGCAAAAUUGGCUUCCUCAUGCAGACUUUCUCUGGAUUCUUGUAUGUAUGAUAUUUUUUUUCUCAAACGGGUAGUAAAGUUUUGCAUGAGAGAUCCUAAUUCAAGAAGUAAAACUCUCUGGAUCAGUGAUUAUUUUGUGAAUGGCAAUGCAGUUUAGACUCAAGCUGCUGCUUUUCAUUUUGUUCUUCACCACCCUCAUCUUUGAAUGUGUUCUAGCCGAAGGUGAAAAUGAGUUUACACAAAGGAUAAGAGCUCCCCACAAAAAUGUAGGAAAUAGUGUUAUAGAUGGUACUGGUACAGAGAAGCAAAUAAAUUUUGAAGACACAAACACUGUAGGGGAGAGGAAGGAGAGUUACAACAGUGUUUCUGUGUCCACUGUUGCCCUUUUUACAUUGGCGAUGGCGUCUGCAACUGGUUUAGGUGCAUUACCAUUCUUCUUUGUAGAACUUGAUCCUUAUUGGGCUGGGAUAUGCAAUGGAAUGGCUGCUGGUGUCAUGUUGACCGCAAGUUUUGACCUCAUACAGGAAGGGCAGUAGCAUGGUGCUGGAAAUUGGGUUGUGAUUGGGAUCUUAGCAGGUGGCAUUUUCAUUUUGCUUUGUAAGAAGUUUCUUGAAUGGUAUGGGGAAGUAAGUAUGCAGGACAUAAAAGGAGCUGAGACAACUAAAGUUGUUCUUGUUGUUGGAAUUAUGACUCUUCACUCAUUUGGGGAGGGCUCUGGUGUUGGAGUUUCCUUUGCUGGUUCAAAAGGUUUUACUCAAGGUCUUUUGGUUACUUUGGCAAUAGCUGUGCACAACAUACCAGAGGGAUUAGCUGUGAGUAUGGUGCUUGCCUCAAGAGGUGUAUCUCCACAGAAUGCAAUGCUGUGGAGUGUGAUUACAUCCUUACCCCAGGCUUUGCUGCUGGAUGCAUGAUUUGGAUGGUUGUUGCUGAGGUUCUUCCAGAUGCAUUCAAGGUUUCUUGACUUAUUGACUCUAUGAAUAUGUUUUUAGAUCUGUCUGCCUUCACAUUUUCAAAAGUUUUUAUCAACCAUAUAUCUAAUGCCAGCCAUUUAAAAAGCUUUAAUUUUAAAAUUCAUAUUUAGAUUAGUACACAAUAUGAAGGCGCUUCUAUAGUCACACCAAUGGAUGGCAUCUCUCUGUAUCCCUUCCUGUUUCGUUCUAUGUUGCAAAUUCUGGAUUUGGUUCUAUGUUCAGACAUCAAAUAAAAGCUGCAAGACUCUCAAUGUGAUUUGACCAUGUUUUACAUUUUAUUUCUCAACUCUGUUGUUCUUUCCUGGAUACACUAUGUUAGUUUCUCUGUGUUUUCUUCUUGUAGGAAGCAUCACCAUCUCCAGUUGCAUCAGCAGCUAUGCUUUCUGUAGCAUUUAUGAAAGCACUCGGUUUUCUGUUUCAGAACUUCAGUCAUGAGUACAAAUGCAGCCACUAGGGAUUACUUCAAUUCAUAUUUUAUUUUAUUCUCAUUAGGAGUAUUACUGUUGUAUAUCUUUACAAACUUUUUAUUUUCUUGGGCCCACAGUGCUUUUUUUCUUCUUGUAGAGGUUUCAUGUUAGCUCUAUAAUGAGACAACCAUCUAAGUUAGCCCAUAUUAGUUAUUUGUUGUAAGCUACUCAUAUGUUUUCUGCCAUUUCUGGUGUUCUUGCUUCUAAUACAACAUUGUUGUUUAG